UUUUCUUUUGUUCAUGUAAUAGUAUGACUCAGAUAUCAUUCUGUGUUAGGUAGCAUAUCCUGUACUAUAAUACAUAUAUAUAGCUAUCACCCAUUCUUGUAGCCAACUGUGUAGCAUUCUGUAGAAUCGAAGAACAAAAAUAGACUUUAGAAGAUCCCCUCUUGUGAGAUCUAGAUGGUCCUUGUUUUCAGGAUUCCAGGCCGGGCUGCGGUAAGCCCACUUUCAGACGGCUCUCUGUGUCUCUGCAUAUUUCUCCAAAGGCGAGAACCUCAAAGUACAAUAAUUGGCUCAAAGGGAAUACAAAUUUAAAAGAUUGAUGGACACUGUCUAAUGGCAUGUGGAAAUCUUGUCUUUCACUUCUGAAAACUCUUGGUACAGGCUGAGUGUCCCUCAUUUGCAACUCUUGAAACCAGAAGUGUUUCCGAGGUUGGAUUUCUUACAAUUAUUAUUUUGGAAUAUUUGCAUGUACAUAAUGAGAUGUGCUGGGGGACAGGACCCAAAUCUAAACAUGAAAUUCAUUUGUUUCAUAUUCACUUUCUAUUCAAGCCUAAUGGUAAUGUCAGAUGAUAUUUUUGUAUUGUAGCACUUCGACUGUGACCUGUCACAUGAUAUCACACAUGAAAUUUUCCACUUGUGGUGUCAUGUAAGUGCUCAAAAAGUUUCAGAUUUGGGGGCGUUUUGGGUUUUGAAUUUUUGGAUUAGGAUUAAUCAGCCUCUAUCAAUAUGGUUCACAUCUUGCCCAUCUAUGGCAGGGGUAGAAUGGGGAGUCUCGUUAUUGUUUAAAAUUACAGUCUACGCUCACGAGUAAGCCUGGACCUCUCGCGUGUGUGUUUCCUUUGCCUGUGCCGUCUUGUCUGCCUGUUCUCACGUGGGGUGUGGGUGCAGGGAGGUGCCCUGCUCAGCUGUGGAUAGCUGCUCAGCCCUGUGCUGUCGUAGCCCCUGCCCAGAGCCAUGCCCUUCCUCCUCAGACUACAUUUGAUGACAGAUAAAGACGGGAGCUUACGGCCUGGCCAUUUCAGCCCUGUGCAGAACAGCUGGGGCAGAACUCUGGGUUUUCCAGCUCCCCGUAGGGGCGGAGGAUAUAGCUGGACCUGCAUCAUGGCUCCACCUGUGCUCUGGCCAGUCCUGCCCCCUCCUCACCUUCCUCAGGUGCUGAUACUCUGAUAAGCAUCCUGCCCAAUUAACUCCACCUGAGCUGGUCCAGGUGUCCAACCUGCAGCAGGUGGGCGGUCCUUAACCUCUGACUUGCAAGUGUAGUCCUGAGCCUUCAACUUAAGGCUGGCUUAAGGGUCAGCAGGACUGCAGCCACUUUGAAACUAAAGAAGACCCCCAAGGAGAACAAUCGCGGGAGGUCUCUUUGCUCUUUGAAGACCUAGGACCGGUCAGCGAAACAGUGGAUUUAAAUCUCCUUGCAUGAGCUUGAGAGCAACGCAAUCUAUCAGGAAAGGAAGAAAGGGGCAAAGACGAACCUGACAAAAAAGAAGAAAAAGAAGAAGAAAAAAAAAUCAUGAAAACCAUCCAGGCAAAAAUGCACAAUUCUGUCUCGUGGGCGAUCUUCACGGGGCUGGCUGCUCUGUGUCUCUUCCAAGGAGUGCCCGUGCGCAGCGGAGAUGCCACCUUCCCCAAAGCCAUGGACAACGUGACGGUCCGGCAGGGGGAGAGCGCCACCCUCAGGUGCACAAUUGACAACCGGGUCACCCGGGUGGCCUGGCUAAACCGCAGCACCAUCCUCUAUGCUGGGAAUGACAAGUGGUGCCUGGAUCCCCGUGUGGUCCUCCUGAGCAACACUCAAACCCAGUACAGCAUCGAGAUCCAGAAUGUGGAUGUGUAUGAUGAGGGCCCGUACACCUGCUCCGUGCAGACAGACAACCACCCGAAGACCUCCCGGGUCCACCUCAUUGUACAAGUAUCUCCCAAAAUUGUAGAAAUUUCUUCAGAUAUCUCCAUUAAUGAAGGCAACAAUGUCAGUCUCACCUGCAUAGCAACGGGUAGACCAGAGCCUACAGUUACCUGGAGACACAUCUCUCCCAAAGCUGUUGGCUUUGUGAGUGAAGAUGAAUACUUGGAAAUUCAGGGCAUCACCCGGGAGCAGUCAGGAGACUACGAGUGCAGUGCCUCCAACGACGUGGCCGCACCGGUGGUACGGAGAGUAAAGGUCACCGUGAACUAUCCACCAUACAUUUCAGAAGCAAAGGGUACAGGUGUCCCCGUGGGACAAAAAGGGACACUGCAGUGCGAAGCCUCAGCGGUUCCCUCAGCAGAAUUCCAGUGGUACAAGGAUGACAAAAGACUGAUGGAAGGGAAAAAGGGGGUCAAAGUGGAAAACAGACCUUUCCUGUCCAAACUCAUCUUCUUCAACGUGUCUGAACAUGACUAUGGGAACUACACGUGUGUGGCCUCCAACAAGCUGGGCCACACCAACGCCAGCAUCACGCUGUUCGAAGUGAAAACUACAGCCCUGACCCCUUGGAAAGGCCCAGGCGCAGUCAGCGAAGUGAGCAACGGCACGUUGAGGAGGGCCGGCUGCAUUUGGCUGCUACCUCUUCUGGGCUUGCACCUACUCCUCAAGUUUUGAUGUGAGUGCCACUGCCCCCUGGGGCCAAGCUGCCGCCACCGCAACCACCAACACAACAGCAACGGCAACACCGACAGCAACACAUAAGAUAUACUCAAACGAAAUUCGGAGAAACAAAGCCUAAUGGGACAGAAAUUUGAGGGAGGGGAACAAAGAAUACUUUGGGGGGGGGAAAUGUUUAAAAAAGGAAAUUGAAAAUUGCCUUGCAGAUAUUUAGGUACAACUGAGUUUUCUUUCUUUUCCCAAAUGGGAAGAACACACACCCGGCUUGGACCCACCCAUGAGCUGCAUCAUGUGACCUCCCUGUUGCCAGCAUGGGCAAGGGGUCAGCCACUCUGCCCGCUGAAGUGCCCCUGGCAUGGAACGUUCUGGUGUCGGCCAUCCCAGAUCCAAUCAGACACUAGAGACGAACACAGAGUGAGACAUGCAGGCCCAGGUGUGCCACUGCGGCCCAUCGGCAGCCUGUGCCCCACCGUGUGUGCAACCCAGGGUGGAACUCAGAAGGAAAGAAA